AUGAUGGCAUGCCUCAGUCAAUAUGAUAAUCUAUUCAAUUCAAUUCCACGACUCCUUGCAAAUGAUUAUGUGACUCGGGAAGGAAUGGCAACACUGGCUACUUUGAAUGUCCUGGGAAAAGCUAAAGGAUACCCGGUUUGGGGUGCUCCAAAUCGUGUAGAGCCAUUCAUGAAUGAGAAAUCUCCACCACCUGUAGCAUGCCCAAGCAUUGUCAAUUCAAAAGCCUUGGGUUUUCCUGUUUCAAAGCUGACUGAACUCUGCCGCUUCAGCGGUACCAAGAUAUACCCUGGCAAAGGCAUCAGAUUUGUUUGCUCAGACUCGCAGGUCUUCCUCUUCGCCAAUUCAAAAUGCAAGAGGUACUUCCACAACCGCUUGAAGCCAACCUGGACUGCUAUGUACAGGAAACGUCAUAAGAAGGACAUUGCGGCCGAAACUGUAAAGAAGAGACGCCGGACUUCAGUGUGCAUGUGA